UGGCAGGAUGGAGAGUCGGGGAGCCGCCCCGCCUGCCGCCUGCAGGGGCUGAAGCGGCGCUCUCUGCAGGCUCGGGCUGGCAGCCGCGCGGGUCCCAGCCCAGCCCAGCCCUGCAAAGCGCCGCAGCCCCGGCACAGCAUCCUCCUCUUCCUCCUCUUCCUCCUCCCGAGGAGCAGCCUGGCCCCGCCAAGGGGGGCUCCGCGCGCCGCCGCUCCCCCUCUCUCCCCGCAGGUCUGCAGCGGCGGGGGGAGCCAGGCUCCGGAAGCCCCCGGCCGGGUCGGGGAUCGUGGCCCUCCUCUCGAGCAGGUGGACUCAGUUCAAGAGCGAUGGCGGAGAAGAGUCUUGAUGCCACCUGCGUCUCCAUCGCCUUGGAGGAUCCCGUGUGCAACUCCGGCUCGCAGGAUGCUCCCCUCUUGACCACUCACCUGAAGAAGGUGGAGAACCACAUCACGGACGCCCAGAGGUUCUCGCAUCUGCCCAAGCGCUCGGCCAUUGACAUUGAGUUUCUUGACCUCUCGUAUUCGGUCCGUGAGGGACCUUGGUGGAAGAAAAGAGGAAUUCCCCAAGUGGGACUUGGCCACCUGAUGCAGAAACCCCAUAAUCUUGAAUGUCUGGGAAAUAUUCAGGGGAUCCCCAGGUCUCACCUAGAGAAUGGCAUCCGUACUCUGUGGUUUUCUGCUGAUGCUCUAGACUUGCGCAAGGGUUCUGCCCGGCAUCUCUUUCCAGCGCCUGACAGUGAAUGUUUCCAACACUAA